CUUCUGCACUAAACCAAACAGAGACUCAGUGCAUACGCAAUGUUCUCCAUGCCUGUAAAUGGAGGAAUUCCCACCACUUCCGAAGAAAACACAUAUGAUGAUCCUGGCGAACUUGAAGUACCCUCAGAAUUGACGUCGAUCACCACUCUUUCUACAUUGCUUGAAACCCAGACACAGGUGUUGCGUCAAAUGCUAGAAAAACAAGACGCCGUCGUAGCCUCCAUAAUGAGCCUGCACAAAGUGAUGUCGCACAUAGAUCACAGGCAGUCUGCUUCGGAUGUUUCGCGGCAACCCAUACCAGAGGUCACUGCCAGCAGUUCGAAUGCAUGGAACCCACUGCUAACGUCUACCAUGGAAAAUACCAUCGUCCCUGCCGUUGAUCGCUGGCGAAGCAGCUUGGAUACGCUUCUCAUUUUUAUCGCACUCUUUUCUGCUAUAGUAACUUCAUUCUACAUCCAGGCAACAAAUGGUCUGACUCCUGAUGCAGGCCUACG